AGUGUCGAACUGAAGAAGACUGGAGCAAAGAGGAAGUACUUUUUUUUUCUUUUCCAGCAAAAAGCAUGGAAAUAUAGUAAAUCGCCAUACAAGUUUCUCCAGCUAAAACCGAGGCACACGUCCGCCAUGCCGGCCCAGCCCCCUGUGAGGGAGCCAGAGGAGGAGAUGGAGCUAGAAGGAGAAUCACAUCUUCCCGAGGCCAACGGAGAGGUGGAGGAACACAGGGAGAAUGAAGGAGGAGGAGGGGGAGGGGGAGGAGGGGGAGGCGAGGAGACAAUGGAGGAAAGCACGGAGGAGAGGGAGAGCGACUCCGAAGAGAGUGAAGAGGAAGAGGAAGAGGAGGAAGAGGAGAGUUCAGAGAUGGACGACGAAGACUGCGAGCGAAGGAGAGGAGAGUGUCUGGAUGAAAUGUCGGAUCUGGAGAAACAGUUCCAGGAGCUGAAAGAGAAGCUGUUUCGGGAGCGGCUGAACCAGGUGAAGGUGAAGCUGGACGAGGUGCUGACGGGGAAGGCUGGAGAGUACAGGGAACCACUGGCGGCCUUGCAGAGCAGCAUGCAGAUACGGACACAAGUCGCCGGGGUGUACAAAGAGCUGUGUCUGCAGGUGAUCAAACACAAGCAUGAAUGUGAAGUACAAGGAGCAAAGCAGCACCUGGAGAGUGAGCGGACGUUGCUGUUUGAUGCGAUGAAGACGGAGCUGCUGGAAAAGAUAAGAAGGCUGGAAGAGGACCGACAGAACAUAGACCUCAGCUCGGAGUGGAGUGAUGAGAUGAGGAGCAAGAAGUGUAAACGGAAGAACCUGCUGGGCCGGGCAGAGAGGAAAAAGAAAGUGGCUCUGGUUUCAGGGCCUUUCAUCGUCUACAUGCUGAGAGACAUCGACAUCCUUGAAGACUGGGCGGCGAUCAAGAAGGCGAAAGCGGCGCUGUCGCCACUCAAAAAGAAGGUUGAAAAGCGGUGAUAUGAGGAGCAUCCCAGCCACACACACACACACACCGCAUCACAUUCCCGCCUGUUCUACCAACACCUCUGCAUUUCUCUUCUCGACUGAACUGAACUCUGCAAACUUUAGACUUUUUUUUUUUUUUUUACCGCAUCUCCGACCCUCCCGAUUGGCUACUGUACCACUUGUCUGUUUUUCUUUUGCUAUUUAAAAAGUUUUAAAAGUUCUUGAUGACAUGAAAACUGUGUAUUUAUAGAAUGAUUUAUAACGUUUAAUAAAAUUUUAAUCUUUAUUACGCA